UUGGUUUCGAGUGAAAAUGUUAGUGACAGUGUAUGUGAUAUGUUUGGUGGUGUUCUGUGUGUGGCUGUGGGUUAGGUCGAAGACCUUAACGCCUCCAGUUUCUCCUGGAGCCAUCCCAAUUUUAGGGCAUACGCAUCGUUUUACCGGCUUGCAAGGCAUAUGGAAUACAUUGGAACAAAUCAGUAAAUUUACAUUGGAAAAUGGGGGGAUUUCCAUCUUAAAAAUCUGUGAAUAUAAGGUAUACGUACUUACCGAUCCGGAUUUAAGUCUUGAGGCGUACAACAUAUGUUUGAACAAGAUGUACAUGUAUCAUUUUUCGGAUGAUUUGGUUGCUAAUGGACUCGUCACCGCUGAUGCGCAAACUUGGAAAGUACAUCGAAAAUUAAUUAACCCAGCAUUCAACCAACAAGUUUUAAACACGUUUAUAAAUGAAAUGAAUGUACAGGCAAAACGGCUUGUGUCCGAAAUAUCUACUAUGGUUGGAAAAUCAGUGAAUAUGCGCAAACCUCUAAUCAAAUUUACAAUGAAUAUUACUAGUCGAACGACUUUGGGAUUAAAUGCCGAAGACCAAACGUUGAUAGACAAGGAUUACGCGCAUGCGUUUGAACUUUUGUCCUUUUUAUAUUAUGAGAGAGCAAUGAAACCAUGGCUGCACUUGCCUUUCUUCUUUAACAGGAGUUCUUUGAAACGUCGACAAGACAAGCUUACGGAAACAGUGAGAAAUAUUCUCAAUCCGAUAAUACAAAAGAGAAGAUUGGAAAUAAAGAUGAAUGCGUACAACAGUGAUGAGAAUAAUGAUAAAUUCAAGCCAGUUCUAAAUCACCUGCUUUACCUAGCCGAUGAACAAAACGCUUUCUCUGAUACUGAAAUUCGAGAACAUUUGAACACUUUUGUGAUUGCUUCUUACGACACUUCUACUGUAACAUUCACACUUUUAUUGAUGAUGAUUGGAUGGCAUAAGGAUGUACAGGAUCGGGUUUACAAUGAGAUUCAAGAGGUAUUAAAUCACGAAGACAGAGACUUCACAAAGAAUGAUUUACCAAAAUUAGUGUAUUUGGAAGCAGUAAUUAAAGAAACAUUGAGGUUGUACCCCACUAUACCGUAUAUCGCUCGACAAGUCAACAAAGACCUCAAAUUAGGAAAAUAUACCUUACCAUCUGGUAGUACGUGUGCAAUUUCAUUGCAUGGUAUCCAUCGACAUCCCAUGUGGGGUCCCGACGCUGAUCAGUUCAAACCAGACAGAUGGCUUGAUCCUGCCCGGCUGCCAAACCAUCCAAAUGCCUUCGUAGCUUUUGGUGUAGGAAAAAGAUACUGUAUAGGCAGACAAUAUUCCAUGAUGGUGAUGAAGACGACAAUAGGACAUAUAGUGCGACAAUACCGCGUGCACAGUGAUCUCAGCAAAUUGAAAUUUCAAUAUGAAGUUGUACUGCAACCGAUAAAGGGUCACCGAAUUACAUUUACAAAAAGAUAAA